AUGAUUUUGACCCAUGCCUCGGUGGCAAUGUGCAUGGUCAAGGCACCCCUGUGUACUCUUGCGGGUGCUACUGGCAUACGAAAGUUGAAUAUACAGACAGACCUGAACUACACCAGGAACUCGGGCUUGAACAGUAGUAAUGGUGAAAUCUGGCCUCUAAAGUGUAAGAGGUCUGAGUCAACCCUCGAGUCAGACUCUCUAGGAGAUCUUGUCAUGACACCACGUCACUUUGGACGAAACCUGACCAAUGUCCAACACACUAAAUCAAUGCUGGUGCUUGAAGGACUGAAGCGCAGGAGGCUGGGGAAGGUCUUUGAAUUAAAUAGAAGCACAACUCAUGAAACCUUGAUCCUGAAUGUCAUGAAACAUCUCGAAGCUGCCAUUGGCAGGCAGAUGGAGGUGUUGUCCAAGAUUCAUGGUGUUCUGGAGAGCCAUACUAAGUAG